AGCAGUUUCGCCUUGGAUAUACUGGGACGAAUUCCCAUAUGUGACACAAAGAGGAAGUCGAUUGCUAGCUGAUAAUGUCCACAUCUUGGUUAAAUUGAAAGAGAAACUGAACGACUUUGACGCUAGCUCAGUAAGUUGCUAAAUUAAGAAAAAUACAUCAAAGCUAGCCUUAUGCAAUAGGCAGCCAAAUGUGCUUGUUGUAGUGCUAGCUAAUACUGCAGGUUCAAAUAAUCAAAUGUACUUUCAUUUAAACAACAAUUGCCUAUCCCUCCCUCUACAUGGUUGAUUACAGUUUACCUGUCGUAUAAUGUCAACUGUAUCUGAAGAGCCAGUGAGCUCUAUUGACAAAUAUAAGAAUGCAGAAGGCGGCUGGAGGCUGCAUCAUGUGAAGGGGGACCUGUUCUCCUGUCGUGAAGAUGAGGUCCUGGCCCAUUGUAUCAGCGAGGACUGUCGCAUGGGGGCUGGCAUCGCUGUCAAAUUCAAGAAACAAUUUAGUGGAGUAGAUGAGCUGAAGAAACAGAAGAAGGUGCCAGGGCAAUGUGCUGUACUGAAAAGAAACAAGCGUUUUGUGUACUACCUGAUUACAAAAGAAAAGUACAGCCACAAACCUACCUAUGACAACCUACGGCAGAGCCUUGUGGACAUGAAGUCUCAUUGCUUACAAAAUGGAGUAACUGGAAUAUCAAUGCCUCGCAUCGGCUGUGGCCUUGAUCGACUGAGUUGGGAUAAAGUGGAGGAGAUGCUUAAGCAGGUAUUCCAGCCCACAGAUAUAAGUAUCACUGUGUAUACUCUCCCUGUAAAACCCACAGGGAAACCAAGUUUCCAUUGAUGUUCUCUGUAAACCAAAGUAAAUCAUGUUUCAGGGACAUUUGUUAUGGUUAUAUUCUCUAUCACCUUUUGUCAUAGGCUCCAAGCCUGUGUUUUUCAACUCUUAUGACAAUGGGUUUUGUGUGAAAUAAAACUCAGACCAUAUUGUGUUGAUUGACACAGCGUGCAUUUUUUAAUUGCCAAGUUUACUCAGCAUACGGCUAUGCACCUGUGCAAAGUUUGCUGAAAUGUUUACUUUCAAAAGUGAAUAAAUGAAAUCACAAAAUGUAGCACUUUACUUUUAAGAAUCAUAUCCUUUACCGCCUAAUCUUUAUUUUACCCCUGUGUGUGAUGGUUCUCUGAAAUUACAAGUGCAUAUUUUCAUGUUAAUUAUGAUCCUUUAGUAGAGCUAUUCUCCACCAGAUGGGGGCACCAAUUAUAGUUUUCUCCACAUGGCUUCUGUGGUGUGAUCUAUACAGAUUUGUUAUAUGCUGUAAAUACCCUGUAAUGUACAAGUACCUUACAUGAGCAUGACUUAUGAAAACUAGAUUGUUAUUUUGCAGUAAUAAAAUCAAAUGUGUUGCAUACAUUUA